CGGGUCAUCUGGCGCUGGAUCGUCUGGCUCGACAGUGGGCAUCGGGUCACCAGGCAUGACAGCGGGCACUGGGUCAUCAGGCAUUGGAUCGUCUGGCUCGACAGCGGGGGCAUCGGGUCACCAGGCAUGACAGCGGGCACUGGGUCAUCAGGCAUUGGAUCGUCUGGCUCGACAGCGGGCAUCGGGUCACCAGGUAUGACAGCGGGCACCGGGUCAUCAGGUAUUGGAUCGUCUGGCUCGACAGCGGGCAUCGGGUCACAGGUAUGACAGCGGGCACUGGGUCAUCAGGCGUGAUAGGAUCAUCAGGCUGGAUCA